AUGGCAAAAUUUAUCGAUUAUUUAGUUGACACUGGCAUUAUUGCUAACAAUUCACAAAUAUCACCCAACAAUAUGAUGUUCGAACUAUCAGAUUAUUUGAAAAAUUUAACUGCCUCAGAUUCAUUUGAUAUGGCCAACAGAAUAUAUGAUAGUUGGAAAUUAAAAUUAAAGCAAAAAUAAAACCCAGCAUCCUUAGUUAAGAUAAUAACAAAGAUAGCUUUAGGAAAGCCAUUUAGAAUAUUGAACUCUUAGAAGAAUUUGAACAGUCCCUAGCUAAUUAGAAAUUAGUAAAGGUCACUUAGCUAACAAGAGCUUUAAUAUUAAUCUCCUUUAGAUAAAUGCAAACUAAGUUAAAUGGGUUUCAAUGAUACAUGUGAGAGAUUAUACUAGGAUGGAAUAGCUUAGAAAGUAAAAAAAGAAUACUUUGAGCAAGAGAAAUGCAAAUAAGAAUUAAGAGAUUGCACCUUUAAGCCUUAGAUAUCAGCAGAAAAGCUGUGUACUAAUGACACUGAAGUCUUUGAUCGCUUAUAUAAGAGUCAACUUGCAUGCAAAAAUGACUUUUCAGAAGUGAAACAGAAACAAGAAAUUGUUUAAUGUACAUUCACUCCUUAGAUUACUAAAUAAUAGUCGAUUUCGAACUAUUAACCUAUAGAAUAAAUUUUUGAGAGACUAUUUUAAGAAUCCAUCAAUAGAAAUAAUAUGAAAUUGAGUUUGGCUCCAACUAGAGAAGAAAGAGAGCUUUAGUAAUGUACCUUUAAGCCUUAAAUAUCUUAAAGAUAAUUGAAUAGAAGUGGUGAUGAUAUCUUUGCAAGAUUACAUAAUGAAUCAGCUGAAAAAUAGUAAAUAAAGGCCUUUUAAAAACUUGAAUCGGACACAAAGGAAAUAGAGAGCUGUACAUUUAAACCUAAAAUUAAUACUCAUUCUAAUUUUUCUCCGAGUUCUCAACCUGCCUUUGAUAGAUUGUACAUGUUGUCAUCUAAAUCUAAAUAAACAGGAUUGGAUGAAAGCCAAAAAAGAUAGAAGACUAAUCCAAAAACUAUAGCGACAAACGAGUCACUUUACGAAAGAAUGAAAAAUCAUGUAAACCAAAGGAAACGAACUUUGAAUUUAAUACAAUAAGAAUAUGACAAAGAGUUAACAUUCAAACCUAAUAUUAAUUUAAGAUAAGGAAAUCUUUAAAGCAGAUUAGAAAAUAGGAAUUAGUCUGUGGCUUCAGUGAAAUCAGAGACAAAGUUAAAACCAAACCUAAAUUAAUCACAAUUAUCAUCAAUAAGGUUAUACAAUACGAGAAAGUCAUAGUAGGAUAAGGAGAAUGAUAAUCUCACAAUGCUCGCUGAAACUGCACAUUUUAAGAACGACUAGAAGUAGAAAAAAAGUAUUUCAGACUUAAAACUAUGA